AUGCUUAGACUGCCUGCUAUUCCCCCGGCUGCUCUGACCUCUGGCCCCGCGAAUGCCCAAGCCAUUCCAGGGGAAGAACUGACGUUGCCUGCUCACCACCUACCGAGCCUACCUGCCCCUGAGGCAGAGAGUGUAUCAUCAGUCCCAACUGCAACUAGUGACACUGACGUGACCAUGGGUGUUGAGUAA